AUUAGUCUGCUGCCUUAGGAUUAAGGAACAAACAGUAGUGCCUAAGUUAUGAGCAAUGGUCAGCCAUUUGGGGAGCAGGAGAUAACACUAUCCCAGGAGUGAGGGGAGAGCCAUUUGAGGUGUGAGGGCAAGACAAAGCUUUCUUCAUCUGCCUGGGCACUCAGAAAAGUAAAGAGUAAGAAACAGCUAACCAGAGAGAAAAAAUCAAUUGGCUACCUAGGAGUCACAAGGUAGAGUGAUUAAGGGACAGGACAGGGAGACAAAAACAACUUUAAGAAAAAUCUAGACAGGCUGUAGCAAAAGAAAGGGGAGACCAACAGCUGAAGGUAUACUCACACAGCUGAGAGAAUAAGCCAGGGUUGGAAAAAAGGCCAAGGAAGGGUGGGCCCGACCACCGAGGGGAUGAACUUCGCAGUGGGUUUCAAGCCGCUGCUGGGGGAUGCACACAGCAUGGAUAACCUGGAGAAGCAACUCAUCUGCCCGAUCUGCCUGGAGAUGUUCUCCAAGCCAGUGGUGAUCCUGCCCUGCCAACACAACCUAUGCCGCAAGUGUGCCAAUGACGUCUUCCAGGCCUCAAAUCCUCUGUGGCAAUCCCGGGGUUCCACCACAGUGUCCUCAGGGGGACGAUUCCGCUGCCCAUCCUGUAGGCAUGAGGUUGUUCUGGACAGACAUGGUGUCUAUGGACUGCAGCGCAACCUGCUGGUGGAGAACAUCAUUGACAUUUACAAACAAGAAUCUUCACGGCCUCUGCAUUCUAAAGCAGAGCAGCACCUAAUGUGUGAGGAACACGAGGAGGAGAAGAUUAACAUCUAUUGCCUGAGCUGUGAGGUGCCCACCUGCUCCCUCUGCAAGGUGUUUGGUGCUCACAAAGACUGUGAGGUGGCACCACUACCCAAUAUCUACAAGCGCCAGAAGAGUGAGCUGAGCGAUGGUAUUGCUAUGCUGGUGGCUGGAAAUGACCGGGUCCAGGCAGUCAUUACUCAGAUGGAAGAGGUGUGCCAGACCAUUGAAGACAACAGUCGAAGACAGAAGCAACUACUGGGACAAAGGUUUGAGACAUUGUGUGCAGUGCUGGAAGAGAGAAAAGCAGAGCUGCUUCAGGCCCUGGCCCGGGAGCAGGAGGAGAAGCUUCAGCGGGUUCGAGGGCUCAUCCGUCAAUAUGGAGACCACUUAGAGGCUUCAUCUAAGCUUGUGGAGUCUGCCAUUCAGUCCAUGGAGGAGCCACAAAUGGCUCUCUACCUCCAGCAGGCCAAGGAGCUGAUUAAAAAGGUUGGGGACAUGGCAAAAGUGGAGCUGGCUGGGCGUCCAGAACCAGGAUAUGAAAGCAUGGAACAGUUCUCAGUGAGUGUGGAUCAUGUGGCUGAGAUGCUGCGGACAAUCGAUUUCCAGACUGGUAAGGAAACUGAGUCCCAGCAAGGUGAAGUAAAUUGCCCAAGGCUGCACAAGAAGGGGUUCUGGGGAGGAAGAAGAAGAGGAGUUGGUGCUGGAAGGGGAGGAUGGCAGUGCAGGGGCUGAGGAAGAGAGACUGGAGGCUUCGGAGGGUGUGCACUGACUUGGCCUUAAGAAAACCUUCGAGGUUCCUGCAGGCACAUAAGAAUAACUCAGAAGAUACGGGGAGAGAACGAGUCUUCAGCUGCCCUGAGGCUCAAUAAAGGAUGUGAUUGCCUUAUA